AUGACUGCAAUCGGUUCUGAACCGACCUGGCACUUCCCUGUUUUUGUCUCAAAAUGUGUUGCUGCGGUGACAACAGUGAGUCCAGAAACAGCUGCAGCUGUAGCAGCAACCCUGAAAGAUAUUUUUUUUGUUUGCAAGCUACACCCUAGUCAUGCAAACAGAUCCACAAGGACUUUUGUUUUGGCUCUUGAAGCUGUGAGACCUAACAACCAGGCUGGUGAAACGAGUGUUGCAGCUGAGAACAGUGGUUGCAAGUGUGGAUCAAACUGCACCUGCGACCCUUGCAACUUUUCUUCUGUCAUGGCUUGCCUCAAGCAAAUUCACUUGAUACGUGCAAUUUGUGUGGAGGAUUAUGGUUGUGAUUGUGAUUGUGAUGCUUUUUUUCGAAAGCCAUUACUCUCUUCGGUAGCUCUUCGCAGUUUCUACCUCCUUCCCUGGCUCAAUUCCCGCCACUUUUCUGCUAAUGGUAGAGUCAGUCUGGUUUUCUCUAUUAAGGAUAUGACUGACGAUAAAGCGGAGCAGCAUGCUUUGAAGAAUAAGCAAACCUAUGCUGCUUCUAGUUCCUCUGCAUCAGACGGAAAUGGCAGUGCUAUUAUCACCUCAUCAAGGAAAACAGGAUCAGCAUUGCCAUCUAAUAGGAGGACGACCGGCCCUGUUAGACGAGUAAAGGAUGGUUGGACCGAAAAGGAGGAUGAAACAUUAAGGAAUGCUGUUGAAGUUUUUAAUGGCAAGAAUUGGAAGAAAAUAGCUGGGUUUUUUCAGGAUAAAUCUGAAGUUCAAUGUCUUCAUAGAUGGCAAAAAGUUCUUAAUCCUGAUCUUGUCAAGGGACAUUGGACUAAGGAGGAGGAUGAUAAAAUAAUUGAAAUGGUGUCUGUACAUGGACCUACAAAAUGGUCUUUGAUAUCCAAGUCUUUGCCUGGUCGAAUAGGAAAACAGUGCCGAGAACGAUGGUGCAAUCAUCUUAAUCCAGACAUAAAGAAGGACCCCUGGACUUUGGAGGAGGAAUUAGCCCUUAUGAAAGCUCAUUGUAUGCAUGGAAACAAAUGGGCUGAAAUAGCUAAGGUUCUUAAUGGAAGGACUGAUAAUGCAAUCAAGAAUCACUGGAAUGGUUCUUUAAAGAAAAAGAGGGAUUUCUAUUUAGCUAAUGGAAGACUUCCACCUAUUACAAAGAGCAGUGUAGAGGAUGCUGUCAAAGAUACUUUUGAACCAUCUAUAAUUAACACAAAUCAUGAUCUUUCAAACAAAGGAUUAGAUGUUGCCAUUGUAUCUUCAUCUAAAGCUAUAGAUGUCACUAAACUGGAUAACUGUGUCGAGAAUCUACCAAAAUCCUCUGGAACUUCUAGAGAAGUUGGUGAUUCUUUAAAUAUUCUGGCAAAAGAACAUGUUGAAUCUGAUUGUGUAGAGUGUAAUAGAUUAUCUGAUCUGAGAUGUACUAACCUGGAAUCAGCUAAUUGUGGACUUGAUGCUAGUCCACAUUAUGUGAAUAAUGGUGAAUUGAUGAACCGUGAUAGAUCAACCAGAAAUUUUUAUUCGAAGAACGAGUACUUUUCUCCUCCAAUGGAGUCAUCUGUUGGUUUCGUAACUCCAUCUCAUGUGAACAAAAUUGAAUUAUAUUCAGAAUCUAUUGAAUCAAUAUUGAGAAAGGCAGCUAAAACUUUCCCAACUCCUUCAAUAAUUAGGAAGAGAAGGAACGAAGGUGAAUUAGCUGCCACUCCUAGAAAGCUUGCAAAUGCAGUUAGUCAUUCACAACAAGGGAGAACAAGUUAUGUUUCUGGUCAUGAAAAUUUGAAGUUAUCUAUGAGUCCAGUUAGCUAUGGGAGUAAUAUUUUCUACAGUAAAGCCUCCAACAUAACUCCAUAUCGAUUAAGAACGAGACAAACAACUAUUAAGUCUUUGGAGAAAGAACUCGAUUCUGCAUUUCACAUGGAGAAAUGUGUUAAUGGAAUGAAAAAUUCUAUUAAAGAGUCUUGUGACGAAGAUUCUCAUCCUACAGCACAAAAGACAGAUACAUAG